GUGGAUGAACGCGCGGCCGCGCGCCGCCUAAAUCGAUACGUCUCCGUUUUUACACUUCCAAAUCGAAUAUUAUUUAAGAAAAAAAUCUACGUACGUACUAUAAUAUAUAUUUUUUAAUAAAUGAAUGUAGAUUCGCGUAUUGUCACAUUUAUUGUCGUUUUCAUUAAAGUGCCUAUGCCGUAAAUGAGUGCGACGCAGAUUGUUUUAUGAUGGAGUAGUGUUUACCUCCAAAUUGUCAUCGUCAGUUUACAUUUCCGUACUUUUGUGAGUGUAAGUGAAAUUAUAUACGAGUACCUAGAGUAUCUUGGGAGUCUUACAAUAUGACAGCAGCACCGGCGGCAUCGUGUAUGAGCACUGAACACGGAUGCGUUAUGUUCGACUGCCUUGUUCAUCUAUGGGAAUGGCUCGAUCCUCCAUCAUCACAGACACAGUUCCAAAUGGAGAAUAAAAAGGCAGCGCCGGCAACACAACAACCUUUUGCACAUCAACAUCUUAUGGCACAUCACGUACACCCUAAUGGGAUGUAUUCUCAACACCAUCCGCAACUAUCAGCCCACCUCACGUCUACACAAACAGAUCAAAUACCACCGAAUGGCGUCAUGCAUCAGUUAUUACAAAGUCAGUAUCACUCAAAUUUAGACGCACGAUCGCCACUAUUAGAAAACAGACAUGAACAGUAUGGCAGUGCGUACUGUCAAAACCAAGAUUACGGAAGACAAUAUGGAGUCAAUGAUAAUUACAACAAUUACCAGCAGUCACCUCCAAGACCCGAACGAUCUGAAGUCUAUCUAGAUCAUAAUGUGAAUAGCUCACUCAACCAAAAUAUAUCAGCAGGUUACAACGUGGAAGUUUAUCAAGAUUAUUUAAAACGCAACCCACCGAAAGAUUCAAACCAAAUUUACCAAAACCAUCAGCCUACGUAUAGACCAAAUGCAAACCAAUACAGCUCUAAACCAUAUUUACCAUACUCUAAUAGAAUAGGGCCCCAAAGCAAUACAGAGUUGUUACGAAAACAGUACAACGAAAUUCAGCAGAUGAAAUUGCAGCAACAAAUUCAUUAUCAAAACCAGGCUCAGAUGCACCAACAACAAAAGUUCGCUGAGCGACAACUUCUUUUACAGCAAAUUCAUGGGGUUCAGCCACCUCCCAAUUUACAAAAUAGUAUAUAUUCAGAUAGUUCUUACCGUGAUUUAGAUAGAUAUAGUUCUAAAAAUGAUUAUAAGGAUUAUAGCAGUCCAGAAACACCAAAAGACAUAGAAAAGUAUGAGAAGAACAAUGACUAUCGCGAGGUGGAAAAUCGUAACCGUCAGUACCAAGAGCCUCAGUGGCAACACAAUCAACAAACAGAAUACAGAGAACAACAUGAAGUUCACAAAAGGCUAGCAGAAGGAGACAAAGGAAUCAAUAAACCCUCAAAUUCAGCUGGUCAAAAUCAAAAAAAUAACGUAGUUUCCCCUAUGAAGUCAACAAGCGAGUCCAGUUCUCCAAGUGUGAAGUCACCGUCUUCAGAGAGCCGGAGAAGUAGCAGCGGAACCCAAGCACUGAGAUCACCAACGGCUCAACGAAUACCAUCUGCCCCGGUAACAGUAGCCGGUAUUUUGUAUAAACAAGGAUCGGAUGGCCUAAAAGUAUGGCGCAAGAGAUGGUUUGUGUUAUCCGAAUACUGCUUAUUUUACUAUAAAAGUCAAGAAGAGGAAAAGUUGCUGGGGUCCGUUUUGUUACCUUCAUACAAAGUGUCCGUUUGUACCGCAGAAGACAAAGUACUCCGAAAGUUUGCGUUCAAAUUAGAGCAUGCAAAUAUGAGAACAUAUGUACUGGCAGCACCCGACCAAGAAGCCAUGAUGAAGUGGAUGAAGGCUUUGACGAUGGCCGCGGUCAUGCAAACUCCCAACGAUCCACCACACAGUCGAAACGAUUUGUCCACUACCAAAGCAGAGGACGGCGAAGAUAUACCGAUGUAUGCGAAUGCACCACCAAAACCUAGACGCUCCAAUGAGGGAUUUAAUUCGCCAAGCCCGGACAUGUACGAUCCAAAUUAUGACCUACUCAAAAAACCGGCCUCGCAUUACAGCCAAAGCAUCAAUCACAUACGAAACCAAGAACACAACUACUCGAGCACAACUCAAGACCAGAUUUAUACACAAAGUCCACAGUCACCGUCGCAACAACAACGCACACAUCACCAGAAAAGACCAUACGAUUCGCACAAUCUCUCGUUGCCAUUAACGAACAUCGCAAUGGAUCGAUUAGAGAACGAGCCGAGCACGUCAACGAAUGAUUUUAAUUCCCGGUCUUUUGAUAGGAGUCGAGGACUGCAGGACCAAUCUCAGGAGCAGCGCAAUAAAAACGAACAAAUUUACGAGCGACAACCGCAAAAGAAUCCGUUCUUGCACGGGCCAACCCCGAAAACGGGUAGCUCGUAUAAUAUCGAUAUGAAUGCGCAGAAUCAAAAUUAUCAGACGAGAGGAAGUGAUAUACCACAAUCGGUUAAUAGAGAUGAUCAUUCAGGAGCGAAUUUGACGCCGAAUCCGGUUGAGUCCGCCAGGGAUUUGUAUGGAGAAUUAGAUUCUCGGGUGAGUAGAUCUAAUAGCGCAGCCAACGAGCGGCUAUUGAUGGAGAGGCGAACUCCUGACGCGUACGGUAGAUCUACGACCAUGUCGUCCUACAAUAAAGAGAAGACGGGAGAUUACGAAGAUAUAUACGGCAUUUACGGAGUGGAAAACGAUUAUGGUAAAAUGACCACUAAAUCGUCAAGCAUUAAUGAAACUAAAGAUAAUGCCAGCAGUCACCAACAUCAGUUGCAACACAAUGUUCAAGAGAAAACAUUUAGUGGCCCGUCAGUUCUGAGGAAGAAGAAAAUGCAGUCGAGCGGUAUUCAACCACCGAUGCCUAGACCACAUAGCGCUGAUUUUCUCGAAUACGAAGCGAAGAAUGAAAUGAAAAAUAAAUCUAUGCCAACGAGGACAGUCCACGAUCAAACUCGGCAGCCGCAAAGGCCAAAAUCUAGUCUCGACAUCAAUUCCUACUACGACCCCAGCUCUGAGACAUAUUAUUCGGAGGAGAGCUACGCCGAAAAAAUGCGGCAGUCGGUCCAAUAUUUACAACAAGGAAUGAGGGCUCGUAACAUGGAGAUACCUUUGGCGAAGUACGCAAGCGGCCUCGCCCAAAAGCAGUUGAGUACCGCCUAUUCUCAAAUCACAAAUCAUAACUACAACCCUGAUUUGAAUACGGCGAAUAGGCUUAGUCGUGAUCAGGUCAGUCAUAGCUCGAAGUCGGACGUGGAAGCUAUGAACUCGAAUUGGACAUUGAAAGAAAAGAAUGCCGAAAAUCAAAAAGACUACAUGAACAGAAGUGGAAGUGUAAUGAGCGAUGGAUCUAAUGCGAGUGCAAUGGUCAAGGAUGCUAGUAGAUACGAUCCAAAUGGCGAAAGUUUUUUGAGGUCUGCAAGUGCUAGGCUACCGUCAGCAACGGAAAAGGAAGGCGAUAAGAAAGUGCAACAGCGCGAAGAAUCAAUGAAGCGUUUAUUAGAAUGGAAACAGCGAAUGUUACAAUCUCCGUUGACGAGAAAAAGUACACCGGCCACAAUAUCUCUGGCUCGUUCUUUGAAUCAAAGUCGACAGUCGCUACGAUCUGAUCAGUAUAAGCCGAAGACAUUUUCUAACGCUUCGUACAACAGCUACUCUUCUGAUGAUGAAGCUUCUAUGACAAUGUCAAGUAACUUAGAACAACGCAUGAAUAACAGUUCAAAUAAUCAACAAGCAUUGUCAAAGAAAGCUUUUGUCGGAAGUAAUACUUCAAUUGGAAGAAAUAACAGAGAUACUAAUAUACCCGUACGCGCUGUGAGUCCAAGGGUGAGAUGGGUGGAAGAUAAGCCACCUGCUGAUACCUACGGCUCCCAACAGAUGUCGACUUCGCAGCAAAAUUUAUAUGCAUUGGCUACUGAGGAUUCGUGGGCAAUGACAAGAUCACCAUCUAGAGCUUCUCAGCAGCCAAUUAGUGCUGUUAGCCCAAGGGUUCGAAGGAAUAACGAGAACAACGAAAUGCAAAGAGGUGUUCAGCAACAUGGUCAGAUAGAUCAAUUUGGUGAAAUACCAACCGCUGGUGAAUUGCUUGGUCGCACACACGAAGAGCUGGUGUUGCUGUUGAUACAGUUAAGAAGACGUCAUGCAGCAACGCAUCGAGCUAUAGAACAGUGUUGUGCACAAAUUAGUAGUAUCGAGGAAUGUUUGAGCUCUUUGAAAGCCGCAGAACGAGACGAGAGUCUGAAAAGAUUGGAACAACUGAAAAUGCAAUUGAUGGAAUUGGAACAUCAGUAUGAAAAAAGCAAACCUUUGGUCCAGCUAGUGGAUAAUAUGGUAAAGCUGGGCUCAUUGUAUAACAGACCGGGAUCUACUAUAGAACGGCUGGAAAGGAACCAGAGACUGAGACAAAAAGUUUUGGCCGAACAUGCUUUAGAACAACAAAGAUGGUUAGAGAGUGUGGCUGCAGGCAAGCCCCUAGAAACAGAAGCAGCAAGAGCGAGAGUAGCAGAAUUGUGGUCGCUGGAACAGGAACUGGCACACGAAGCCGAUAUACUGCAAGGAUUCAAGUCGAAUAAAGAUACUAUUGAGAAUUUGCUAUCAGGUGUCCGUGAUAACGUGCAGACUCACAAAGCUAAUAAUGUUUAUGAAGGAAAUGCCGGUCCGGGUCGAUCGAAGGCGGUUCCAGGCGAAGACUUGGAAGCCGAACUGGCCAGAGUACACGCGAUGUUGGCGCACAAUUCUAAGGUUUAUAAGAAACUGGAACAAACAGUGGCCGAUAAUGCGCGUCUCGAACGAGAGUUACACCAGCUCCGACGCGCGCUGCAGGCUCGCCGGGCCUCGGCGCCCGCGCACCCCACUGCGAUGCUUGAAGACGAAGUGACCAGAGUCCAGCAACUAGUGUCAGCUCUACAGCGACAGCGGCAAGAGUUGAGUAGAGCCGUGAGACAUCUCACACAACAGUCUCAAGCAUUGCAGAACACGCAGGACUCUAACCCUGGUAAAAACCGGUCUAUGUCGUCAUGGCAAGAGACCAAUUUAGACACUGGACACACGAUCGACCACGGCCAUUCAGAUUACGAAUACGAAAGCCCCCUACUGCCUCCGGGAUACUACGACCCCAACCACGUGGUCACGCCCUUAUAUGUGGACACGGGAGUGCCCACGCUAGAUGUGACGUCACCGCAGAAUGACGACAUGCACGGAGGCUUCGCAAACCUAUCCAACGUCGAGAAGCAGGAGAUCAAAACGGUACGCAUCGUCAAACGUGAGAGCGAAAGACGCCAACGCGACCGCGAACGUUCCUUACAGCCAAUGUCGGAUUGGCCCAACAAUGUUACGGCCAACAUCGAGCAGUUACUCGAGGAGGAGCUCGCGCAGCCCACCAACUACUCGAGGGCUGCCUCAGUCCCGCGAACCGAAUACAAAUACGACAACUACUACACCAGGCCCCAACCCGCGCCGCACGUUCGAUCCAAUGACAAAAACCCAGACCUCAGUCCCAAAUACGUGUCAAGUCCGUCUUUGUCAAAUUACGAUUAUUCCCGCGACAUCUCCUCGCUGAGCAGCAGCUACAACAAAAGCUACGAUCGUUCCGGUUACGACAGGACCAUUUCUCUUUCGACUCAGUACCUGAACAGUCCCACGGAUAGUUCUAGAACGUUGACCAACGAUCCGCUGUCGAAGACCAGUAGCAUCGUCAGCCUGACCAGGUCCAACAUGGAGUUGUCCCCUAUAUUCAAGAGCGAGGCGGCCAAGCAGAUCAUUACGGAGAUGUCUUCGGAUGCCCCUAAGAACGGUUCGUUGCACAGAAGACAAGUACCGAAAGAGAAGAGGCGGCACAACACCGCGCCUCAUCACCUCAGCGCGAAGACUCUCUAUGAAAUACCCAAAGAUACUCCCAAUCAAGACACGAUGGCGCGGUCUGUGGACGACGCGGACAUGGAGCGCGCGCUGCGCGGGGCGGCGCCGGACGUGGUGCGCUCGGCGCUGCCGCCGCGCGACCUGCGCCGGGCCGACAACACCAUCGACCAGCUGCUCGCCGCGCCGCAGAAGAUCGUCAUUCCCGAGAGAUAUAUCCCAGAAAAGCCACCAGAGCUGUCUCCGGAAGAACAGCAGAAGAGACAAGAGAAAGUUGAAUCGAUCAAGAAGAUGUUGACCAGUACGUCUGCAGAUCAGAGCAAGAGCCCGCAGCCGGAGGAAAAGCGGCGGCGCGAGCAUCUGCUGCAGAUGAACCAGAUCCUCGCCAAGCAGGUCACCGAGAUGAGCAAAAUUAUCGCCGUGAAAGCGUUGGAGGAGCUGCCGCUAAAUCAGAGUGACCACGAGGCGGAGGAUCGUUCGCCGGACGUCGAACUACCGAUUUAUCAACAGCGCGACAACUUUUUCACAUAAAAACCCACAGAAUAUUAAUAAAUCUUUCAAAUCAACGUAUACUAGACGAUGACGGAUUUUUUUUUGAUAACGCCAUCUUGGUUAGUUGCCCUCAAUUAAGAAAAAUAGUAUUAUUAUUCGCCAAUAGAUGUCGGGAAGAGUUGAUUAUUGAAAACACGAAUAAAACAACAUUCUCUGAAAAUAAAUCGUAGCUAGAUCGAUUUAUCGCCCCCGAAAUCACCUGUAUACUAAAUUUUAUGAAAAUCGUUGAAGCCGUUUCCGAGAUUCAGAUUAUAUAUAUACAAGAAUUGCUCGUUUAAAGGUAUCAACGUAUAUCUAUGAGUGUUGAACUUAAAAUAAACGAACAUAAUUCCCAAAUCUCUAAUUUAAAUAUUACCAUUUCUUAAUUUUAUUCAUCUGUGUUGAUCCUUUUUGAUCUGGUAUGAAUUUUUAGCGCUCAGUGGGAUAUAGAAAUCACGUUUCGUAUAAAAAUUACUCACACAUCUCUAUGUGUCUAUAACGUAUACACGCUUGCAAUGAAGCCUGAGCUUUAUAUUUAUAUCGAACAGUGUAAUCAAUCAAUUAAUGAUUUAGUAUAGGUAGUAAUGCACCGGCUUCUGAAUACAGCGUAUCGUAUUUUAUCAUAAUAUUAGAUAUCGUCUCAGGAAACAACUGUUGUAUGGAUCGCAUUAGAUGUGACCGAAACUGCUGGUAAUAAUAGUACCUUCUAUCGUAAUCUAGUAAUCAUUUGUAUAUCAAUAUGUCAAUUUAAGAUAUCAAAUACUCUUGGUUGAGGAACUGGUCAAAUAUAUGUCAUUUAUUCGUAGAGACGUACUUAACAUAAGGCCUUAUCUACAAGAUGUAAAAAGCUACAUAUUUAAUUAAAAAAUACUUAUGUAUAUACACUCGAAAACCACAUUUCUGAAUCACCAAGUCUCGUCUAUUUCAUUUCUCAAAAAAAAAAUACAAUUUGAAUGUUCAUACAGAAAUGUAUUUAAUUGCUUAAACUUCAGAUAGGUUAUAAGUUGCUAAUCAAAAUCAAACAUAUCUUAUAGUGAUGCGCUGAUUUUAAAGGAAUUGACUUUUUUAAUGUUUGCUCAACGUACGACAUUCCUAUGAUGAUAGUUUACUAACUCAUCGAAUUCUUUUGGUAAAUUUCUUCCCCCAAGUAGUUGCUUCCGAGGACAAAAGUUGCAAUGAAUAUCAAAAGACUUAGAAUUUGUGAUCUAAUUCACGGAAUUAUAUCGUUACGAUUUUUAUUGCGUGUCACUGGAUUUAUUGAAUUUGACCACGAACGCUGUUCAAUCGCUAGGAAAUGAAAUACCUACGUAUGAGUAUCAGUGAGUUGUAUAAUUUAAAUGAUUGCUCGUUAAUUAUAUUCACGGACGAAUAAAAAAUAAUGUAUUAACUUUUAGUAGGUACGAAGUAAUACUUAAACUCUGAACCGUAUAUAUCGAUUAUUAUUUGCUAUGGAACAGCGAGAUCUCCUCGCAAAGGUCUUCUAAUAAAAGUAGAAUUGGAUGUAUGUGGUGGUUAUAAUAAUAUUACAAAUGUUUUUAUUUUUAAAUGCCAUAAUAAUUAAAGUAUUUGUUUCUUUAAAUGAAAGCGAAUGUUGAAUGCGUUUUAGUAUUUUCUUUGUUUUGUAAAAUAAUAUUAUGUUAGAAGUAAAUUAUUUUCUUGUGCUAUAAAAUAUUGUUUAGUUGAAUAAGUUUAGAUCGGUGACAUAAUUGAUUUUCAUACGUGUAUUUUAUACAUUAAAUUUUUUGAACAGGUUUCAUUGAAUCUGUUUAAUUGUGUGAUAUAAUACCCCAAUUUUACUAAUAAGGUAAAAGAUGUCAUUUUUAAUAAUCCCGAGUUAGAAUCUUAUAUCUGUUCGUGUUUUUUUUUAAUAUUUUAUGGCCUGGUAAUGGGUCCUUUACGCCAAGUCUUUUAUGUUCAUAAUUUCUGUUAUAGUAGGAAAUAUGGUAUGAAGCAAAAUGAGAUGUGGUUGAUUUAUUUGUGUAAUCAAUCGGGAUAAAAUUACAUAAAACGAGAUGAGAUGGGAUGAGAUAAGAUCUCAGUAAAACGGUGGUUAUUUACUGAGACUUUAUCAGCGGACUUUUUGGAAGAGCCGUAGAGCUACGUUUGGUAGCUUUGUUCCAUUUUUUUCACAUCUGUGCCCUUUCACAGAUGCUAAAUAGCUAAUAAACCACCGUCAUUAGAUAUUUAAAUGUGAAAAAAAUACUAAAUAAACAAAAUAAAACAAUUCACACAAGUUUGCUCCUUGCGUGUUCCCGCCAAAAAGUUCCAUCGAUACGUUCAAUCUGAGCUUAAUGUAGAAGAUACUUAUUAACUAAUUUGUUUUUAAUGAAUCAAUAGUUUUUUUUUUUAAUACGCAAUACAAAGGAUAUUUGGAGAUACCACCGAAUGUACAGAACAGUAUUUAAAACCAACUAAAUAUCACGUUACUUUGUAAGUUUUUUUUUAAAAUACAUUUUUAAUCUGUGCCAUAGAAUAAGUCUAUGACGGUCCUAAAAAAUUUGAAGGAGCCUAUAUAAUCUGUAAUUAGUAGAAUUUAUCAAUUUUAUAGGGAACUUAUUUAGAUAAAACUUUAAUGAUACGAAUAGCCGAUACAUUAUAGGUUUUGUUCAUAAAAUAUGUAGUCAAUUAAAUGUCUAUUAUAACGAUAUAAAGUACGUAAAAACCUAUUAACUGUCUUUUCAAUAAAUUAUAAGCUUGUAUUAUAUUUAUCAGUAGAAAACUAUAAGACUUGUCAAAUGUAAUCAAAUUUAGAAGGCUGACGCGUUUGUUACGGACGUUUUAAGUUAUUGUUUGCCUUAAAUAGUUUAAUAUGUUCAUUAAUACUAUCAACAUUUCUGUAGGCUUGUAUUAAACUAAUAAGCAUUGUCGAAAAUAGAAAUAAAAAAAACUUAAAUGUGCCGUCGUUAGCCAUGUUGAAAAUUUAAUUAAAUGCUAAUUAAUAUGUUCAAAAAUAAUUUGUAUAAAAUGUACCCAGAACAGUUGACUUGGCCUUAAAUGAGUUGUUAUGUAAGUACCUACAGGGAAUUGUGCAUAUUAUUUUAUAAUAAUACUAUCCUAUUCUAUAGUAGAUCUUGUAAUUAUAGUGCGUAUGUUGUUCACAUCUGAAAAUAAAAGUAAUCCUAGGAAAAAA